CCAUCUUUGUUGAUGUGUCAGCUCAGCGGGUGUUCGGGGAAGCUCCUGCGGAGAGAGCGAAGUGUCGGCCCUCUUCCUCGCUGCUGUUUGUCCCUCCCACUCCUAGUCUGCCGGACCCUGCUAUGAAGUUGGCCCCUGAGCUGGAGCUCCAGCGGCUUCGUUAGGGUGUGGCCUGAGGCUGGGAGAAGUGCGAUGUAGCACGAAGAUCAGAAGCAGAUUUGAAGAAGCGCAAAGUGAACUGGUGCCAGUCAGCAUGUCAGAGACAGAGGACAUAGCCUCCAUUUCCUCUGAUAAAAAUAUUGGGAAAACAUCUGAAUUAAAGGAAGACUCAUGCAACUCGUUUCCUGGUGAUGAAAGCAGCAGAUUAGAAAAUGAAUCCAAACUAUUGUCAUUAAACUCUGAGAAAACUUUAUGUCAGCCUAAUGAACAUAAUAAUCAAAUUGAAGCCCAGGAAAAUUAUAUUCCAGAUAAUGGUGGAGGUGAGGAUUGUUGUACUAAAACAGACAUAUCCCCAGAAAAUCCUGAACAAAUAGGUAAUUUUCCUAAUGGAGAUUUUGCAAAGCAAGUUUCAAAAACAAACGAAACGGAACGGACAGUAACGCAAAUAUUGGAGAAAUUAAGGUCAUCUACAUUUACAGAAGCAGCUAAUCAAAAGACUUAUUCAGAAAGUCCCUAUGAUACAGACUGCACCAAGAAACUUAUUUCAAAAAUAAAGAACGUUUCAGCAUCAGAGGAUUUGUUGGAAGAAAUAGAAUCUGAGCUCUUAUCUGCUGAGUUUGCAGAAGAACACCAAGUACCAAAUGGAAUGAAUAAGGGAGAACAUGCAUUAGUUUUGUUUGAAAAGUGUGUACAAGAUAAGUAUUUGCAGCAGGAACAUACCAUAAAAAAGUUAAUUAAAGAAAAUAAGAAGCAUCAGGAUCUCAUCUUAGACAUUUGUUCAGAAAAAGACAAUUUAAGAGAAGAACUAAAAAAAAGAACAGAAACAGAGAAGCAGCAUAUGAGCACAAUUAAGCAGUUAGAAUCAAGAAUAGAGGAACUAAACAUAGAAGUUAAAGCUUCCAAAGAUAAACUAGUAGCUCAAGACCUUGCAGCUAAAAAUGCAAUUCAGCAAUUACACAAAGAGAUGGCCCAACGGAUGGAACAGGCCAACAAGAAAUGUGAAGAGGCACGCCAAGAAAAAGAAGCAAUGGUAAUGAAGUAUGUAAGAGGUGAGAAGGAAUCUUUAGACCUUCGAAAGGAAAAAGAGAUACUUGAAAGAAAACUUAGAGAUGCAAAUAAGGAGUUUGAGAAAAACACUAACAAAAUUAAGCAGCUUUCUCAAGAGAAAGGACGGUUGCACCAGCUGUAUGAAACAAAGGAAGGUGAAACGACUAGACUCAUCAGAGAAAUAGACAAAUUAAAGGAAGAUAUCAACUCUCACAUCAUUAAAGUAAAGUGGGCACAAAACAAAUUGAAAGCUGAAAUGGAUUCGCACAAGGAAACCAAAGAUAAACUGAAAGAAACAACAACAAAGUUAACACAAGCAAAGGAAGAAGCAGAUCAGAUACGAAAAAACUGUCAGGAUAUGAUAAAAACAUACCAGGAGUCAGAAGAAAUUAAAUCAAAUGAGCUUGAUGCAAAGCUUAGAGUUACAAAAGGAGAACUUGAAAAACAAAUGCAAGAAAAAUCUGACCAGCUAGAGAUGCAUCAUGCCAAAAUAAAGGAACUAGAAGAUCUGAAGAGGACAUUUAAGGAGGGUAUGGAUGAGCUGCGAACACUCAGAACAAAGGUGAAAUGUCUAGAAGAUGAACGAUUAAGAACAGAAGAUGAAUUAUCAAAAUAUAAGGAAAUUAUUAAUCGCCAAAAAGCUGAAAUUCAGAAUUUAUUGGACAAAGUGAAAAUUACAGAUCAGAUACAGGAGCAGCUUCAAAGAGGUAAACAAGAAAUUGAAAAUUUGAAGGAAGAAGUGGAAAGUCUUAAUUCUUUGAUUAAUGACCUACAAAAAGACAUCGAAGGCAGUAGGAAAAGAGAAUCUGAGCUACUGCUAUUUACAGAAAAGCUCACUAGUAAGAAUGCACAGCUUCAGUCUGAAUCCAAUUCUUUGCAAUCACAAUUUGAUAAACUUUCAUGUAGUGAAAGUCAGUUACAAAGCCAAUGUGAACAAAUGAAACAGACAAAUAUUAAUUUGGAAAGUAGAUUGUUGAAAGAGGAAGAACUGCGAAAAGAGGAAGUCCAAACCCUGCAAGCUGAACUUACUUCUAGUCAAACAGAAGUUAAAGCACUGAGUACCCAGGUAGAAGAAUUAAAAGAUGAGUUAGUAACUCAAAGACGUAAACAUGCCUCUAGUAUCAAGGAUCUUACCAAACAACUUCAGCAAGCACGGAGAAAAUUAGAUCAAGUUGAAAAUGGAAGCUAUGAUAAAGAAGUCAGCAGCAUGGGAAGUCGUUCUAGUUCAUCAGGGUCCCUUAAUGCUCGAAGCAGUGCCGAAGAUCGAUCUCCAGAAAAUACCGGGUCAUCAGUAGCUGUGGAUAACUUUCCAGAAGUAGACAAGGCCAUGUUGAUUGAGAGGAUAGUGAGGCUACAGAAGGCACAUGCUCGGAAAAAUGAAAAGAUCGAAUUUAUGGAAGAUCACAUCAAACAAUUGGUGGAAGAAAUUAGGAAAAAAACAAAAAUAAUUCAGAGUUACAUUUUACGGGAAGAAUCGGGCACACUUUCUUCAGAGGCAUCUGAUUAUAACAAAGUCCAUUUAAGUAAACGGGGUGGCAUCAUGGCAUCUUUAUAUACAUCCCAUCCAGCUGAUAGUGGAUUAACAUUGGAACUCUCUUUGGAGAUCAACCGAAAAUUACAGGCUGUUUUGGAAGAUACAUUACUAAAAAAUAUUACUUUGAAGGAAAAUCUACAAACGCUUGGAACAGAAAUAGAACGUCUUAUUAAACAUCAGCAUGAACUAGAACAGAGGACAAAGAAAACCUAACACAAAGCUCUUGCUCAGUAAACAAACAAAAGCCACAUAGGAGCAGGUGCCACUGACCAGCAUUGUUGGAAACUUUCCCCUGCUUUGUGUGUCAGCCAGUAAAAAAUUUGUUUUGCUUCAUCUGUACAAAAAAAGCAUCCUUUUACAUAUGAAUGCAUUGCUAUGUAUACUGUAAGAGUGUCAGCUUUGAUGAAAGUUGUUUCUGUAUGGUACAGUACAAUAGCCUGUCAUUGAAUCUAAACAGCUGAAUUGGCUCAUAGUCGUAUGAAAUGCUGAACAUUACUAUAAGGGCUUUUUAAAAAAACCCUUGUCCAUAUUUCUUCCCUUUAAAAUAGAGAAUGUCAAAAAUGACUCAGGUUUUAAAAAGUAUGCAUGAAAAGACAGUUGUUAAUCAUUCAGUACUAUGCUGUUUCUCCAACAUCAAGAAAACUAAAGAAAUGAUAAAAAUUUGUGUUUUGACAUUCCAGUGUAACAUUUGGUUGUGUUUUAGGGAUGCAUAUGAUUACUUAAAUCUUUUAAUUUCAAUUUUAAUGAAAACUAUACUUAAUAGGAAAGCUAGCUAUUGAUAACUAGCAGUGAUUAGGCAUUAUAUGCCUCUGUCAGGUUUUUUGUGUUAGGUACAUUUUUUUCAGAUUCAGAUUGUUUCAGUUAAUAGUUGAAUUUUUUAAAUCUUUAGUUACUUAAAAUAUGAUUGUAAAUUACAUGUUCAUUUAGAAAAUUCCUGUGGACUUCAGAUAUGUUUUAAAAUGUGAAAUGGAACUAAUCAUUAGAACAGAGAGAUGAAUAACUCUUUGAAACUGAAAUACUUUAGUUUUAUUGAUGUUGUGUAAAGAUAAAUGUAAUAGUGUUUUAAGAUAUUUAUGAAUAUCCAGUUCCUAAGAGAAAUCAGCAUAUGGCACUAUUAACCAUUUCAUUUGAGCAUCAUUCUUUACUAUUGAUAGAAUUAAUUACGUAUUAUAGUGGAAUGAUCAUACAGUUCCCCUAAAUGUGAUGUUUCCAUAUAUUUAUUUAAAACACAAAAUAUAAUUAUAUCUCUGGAACCAAAGGAAUUUUAGAGCCAAAUUUUUGUAUCUUGUUGGAUUUUUGCAGUAUUUAUUUAAGAUGUACACUUAAAUGUUGCCAGCCAUAGUAUCCAUAUUUUUAUGUCAUUGAAUUUUUUCUCACCUCUUAUAAUUUCUGAAUAUAAUUUCUCAUAUUUCAUUAUGUUCAAAUCAUUACUAUAAUCAGAUACCUUGGCUCAUGUGCAGAUGUUGCUGCAAGUCUCAUUUUUAUUUUGAAUUUUUACAUCCUUUUUUCUCCCCUUAAGGGAAUUAAGCUUUGGGAUAAUGGAUUAAAAGCUUUCAAAGAAUUGUGUGGGCUCUAAAAGUUGGGCUCAUGGUGGCAAUGUCCUUUUAAUGUGUUUUAACAUUUUUUAAUCAACAUUGUUUUAAAAGGUAGUUUACUAAGGAUUAGGUGAUUUAAUGUAGUGUUCUUAUUUUUUCUAUAUAUUAAGUUAGAUGUUGUCAGCCGAAAACAAAUACCAUCUUUUCACUUCAAAAUGAAAAUACAUUCAGACAUUUUAUUUUUAAAAUAGUUGUAAAAAAUAUUGGUCUUACCAUAAUGUGUCUUGCUCUUUUUAUUAACGAUAAUUUAUCAAAAUAAAAUACGAGGGAAAGUGUAAACAAAUCUGAAUUAUUUUUCCAUUUGUUUCUAAAUAUACUAAACACUCCUAAAGAUGACUUAGAGUAGGCAACAUAACUAAAUUUUUCUGGCUUCUUACAUGAUAUAGAUUCACUAACUACAAUAUUUAUUUUUUUCUCAAGGCACAAAGUGUAUAAUGGAGACCAAAUAGUGAUCAGAUUCAUAGUGUCCUAUGCCUAUACACUUUAAAGUAAAUGUAUAUACAUUUACUACAGGCAAAAAUGGGACAUUCCAGUGUUAAUAUUUGUGCCAUCAUCUACUUAAGUUUAAUAGUGAAGCAAUUUUAGAAGAAAACUAUUAUAAACCAUAUUUUCACUAAGUUGUUACCUUUUUCCCCCCAUAAAUUCUGAAGAAAAUGCCUCAUUUUCCUUUUGUUCUUCAGUACCUACUACAUCUUUUUGUAUAUGGAUCGGUACUGAGCAAAGUAAAAUACCUAUUUAGACUGAUUCACAAACAGCUCCGGAUGCAAGGAUUUGAAGGGCCUUCUGCCUAUUACUCUAUUGAAGAUAUGGAGAGAAGAAUGGAGUGUCUGGAAAAGGAAAAAUUAUCUGGAUACACCUAGCAUCUGGAGAGUUUUAUAUGUUUAUUAUUAAUUGUAUACAUUAAAGGCUGUUUUGAUUAGUUAGCAGUAUUUUGGUAUCUCUGAGCAGGAAAUGAUUUUUGUUUAUGUGUACACUUCACUGGGUUUUAAUUUUAAAUCAAAUACUUGCUGUGACUCCCUUUUUCCCAUACUACUUCAGACUCUUAGCCUGUUCAGCUUUAAGGAUUGAAAAUGAUGAGUUUGGACAGAAGAAUGAGUUUGAAGUUUGAUGAUGGCUUUUUGGUGUUUUGUUUUUACUUUCUGCAUAACCAUUUAAAGCUAUUUAGCUUGAAAUUAAAUUUUAUCAGGCUACCAAGAUGUUAUUUAUUCAUUGAAUAAAUACAUUUAUUGAAAACUUACACUGUUGUAUAGGCAUCAUACAGGGUAUUGUGAUUAUAUUGGUGAGCAGACCAGACGGGGAAGUUCCGUCCCCAUGGAGCUUAUGGACUAAUAAAAAUAGCUGGGAGGCAGUAGGAGCAGGUCUUGGGCCUCUGUGGCUCAUAACCAGCCUCUCAAAACUAGGCUGAGAAGAGGGUUAAUCUACUUUUGCAAGUACAUGGCCCAGAGCUCUCACCCUGGCAUGAAGCUUUGGAAAACUGAAUAUUUGCUGAGGUAUGCCGAGAGCAAAUUGCUGUUCUCAUGGUGAUUCUGCACAUUUUCUAUCAUUUGUCACAAUUUGAUGUUUAUUCUUUAAGAAAAAGGAAAAAUUCCAAAAACCAUAAAAUGGCAUUAGAUUUUUACCAUUUUAGUAAAUUAUUAAUGCCUAAAUGAUGCUCAGAAAGAUGAAUCUAAUCAUGUUGUCAUGCAUGUUUCCAAACUUUGUUUUGCAAUAUAUUAUUGUCUAAAAAUUUUUACAUUCAAAUUUAGACCAAGAUUUAUCAGUAUAAGGAAAACAAUUAGAAACCAUUAAUAUUAUAAAUGUUAUAUAUGCUACUCUGGUAAAAAUGUUUUUAUAAAUCAUGUCAUCCAUGCUUUAUGAAUAUUGACUCCAGUAGCCUAUUUUUCAAUAACUUUUUUUUAAAGCAAUUUUUUUGACACUAAGAUUGUUAAUUUUUAACUAACACCAGUUGGUGGCACUAGAAACCUGAAAUUUUUCAAGGAUGAACAAGAGAAAUAAUUGACAAAGUAUCCAAAUAUGAAGAAUCUUCAGGAAAAUAAAUGAAAAAUGUAAUUGUAUAUAAAAGAUGUAUUUUUCUUCUGGAAUGGAAUUCUUUUUAAAAAUGCAUAUGGCUGUCCAUUUUGACUGCAGUAAUGAAACUUGUUUAUCUUCCAGAGGGCAUAUAUAUAUACGUGUGUGCACUGUACAGAUAAUCUUUAAUUUGAUUACAUUGUUCAUUUUGUAAAUAUGUUUCUGUAUAAAAUGAAGCUUUUCAAGAGGAUUCUGUGUAUAUGUUGUACUUAUUAAAUAGGUAAUGCCUGUUUACCAAGUUGUAUUUUAA